CUGCGCUUUGGCUUUGCAAAACCAUCGACGAGAGAAAAUUGGCAUCCACGAUGGACGCUGCAGCUCGGAUGGCCUUCAACAUGAAGGUGUUGCGGCGACAUGACCCGCACAUCGACGACAUCAUCGAGUCUGCGUCCUUUGUCGUUCUGUAUGCGCACGAUGGCGAGUGGACAAAGACUGGCAUCGAAGGCCCCAUGUUCCUCUAUCGAAGAAAUACAUCACCUCCAUAUGGCUUCUUCAUCCUCAAUCGCAAUGGCGUCGAGAACUUUUCAGCCGACUUAACGCCCGACGAUGACCUGGAUCUCACUCCAGAAUUCAUCAUCUAUCGAUCAGGGCGAUCAGAUGACGAUGACACCUACGGCAUCUGGGUGUUUGAGCCUGGCCAGCGGGACAGCGUGGGGGAGCAGAUGGUGAUGCUCCAGCAGACGCCGCUCGACGAAAACGCCCAGGCCAUCUCAGUGGCCCACGCUGCGGGUGUUGAUGAUUCGAUGUCUGCACCGUCCCUUGCACCGUCUCAGCAGGCGGGCAAGUCGAUCAAUUUGGACGCUCUCUUCGGCACUGUGGCAGCUAAUCCCUCUCCUGCAGUAGCAAAGGCGGCUCCAGCUGCUCCUGCUCCCGCACCGCCCGUGGCUGAUUCCAACAGACCGAAUGGGCUGGCGCUGCUCGACUCGAUGUUUCAGAGUGUGCAGUCCCCGAACCCUCCUGUGGCGCAUCGUCAGCCGCAGGAGGCGCCUGCGCCCUCUGCACCUGCGCAAAAGGACGACGCCGCAGGCCUGAGGGCCCUGCUGGGUCUGGGUCCGUCAGCAUCACCGCAGCCCGCUCCUCCCCCGGCACAGCAGCCAAGCUCGAAGACGAGCGCAAAUGGCAUAGAGGCUCUCAUGCAAAAAGCCAAUCUCAAGUCAGACACCGCCAAAGACGGAGUGCUCUUGACACCCGCUCUGGCCAGCGAGAUCACCAAUGAGGCCAUGGUGGCAAAGGGCAGGCCGGAGGGCGGCGAAGUGUUGGAGCGACGAGACUUUGUUCGAGAGGUGUUGUCGCUGAUUCAUACUGAUCCAUCCUUUGUGGAUGAUCUCUAUGGCCGCUAUCGAAGGAGAGUUGGCUAGCCGUGAGGUAGUCAUAAAGAGAGAGAAAGAAAGACGCACUCAUUUUCCAGCAUCGAGACUUGCAAAGCACCGGUAUACUAUAGUCAUUCUCGUUUCCAAUACUGUUACAUGUCUGAGCUCUGUUGUUGUCCUCAAGCUAAUGGUAUCC